CUAAAAAAAAAAAACUGAUUGAAGCAACACGUAAACAGAAUGGCUAACGUAAAAUUAAGUCAAAAAGAGUAUUUAAAAAAGUAUUUAAGUUCUGGUGAUGAUUUAAAAAAGAAAAAAAAAAAGAAGGCAAAAAUUGGUGUUAAAACAGUUCAAAUUAUUGAUGAUGAUAUUGAUAUAAAUUCAAUACGACCAGUUGAAGAUGGUGAAUUUGAUAUACUAGGUCCAUCUGAAGAUGCACCACAAAUUGUUGGUAUCAUUGAUGAAAAAGGACCAGUUGAUUUUGCUGAUAAACGACGUUGGAAAAUAAUUGCUGAUGAUGGUGAAGGUAAUGUUGCUGUUAGUAGUAGUCAAAUUAAAUUAGAAAACCUAGAAAAUGAUCAUGAUACACAAGUUAAAAAAAAUAAAAUAAAUGAUGAUUUGUCACCUGUUAGAAAAUCAAAGACUAAAAAAAAAAGAAAAUCUAAAAAAAGUAAAAAAAAAGAAUCAAGCAGUUCAUCAAGUUCAUCAAGUUCAAGUUCAUCAUCUGAUUCAUCAGAUGAUGAGAAAAAAAAUAAUAAAAAAAAAGCUAAAUUAAAUAAAAAAAAACAAAAUGAUGAUUUUGAUCUGAGUCCACCAAGGAGAUCUAGGCUUGAAAAUAACGUAUCAAAAAAUGCAUCUGACUCUGAUAUGAGUCCACCAAGAAAAAAUAGACGAAAUAAUGAUAAAAAUGAAGAAUUAGACUCUGAUGUCAGUCCUCCUAGAAGACAAGAUUCUAGAGACUCGAGAUAUUCAAAAAAUAAUAAAAAUAACAGACAAAACAAUGAUAGAAAUCAAGGAUUGGAUUCUGAUGUCAGUCCUCCUAGAAGACAAGACUCUAGAGACUCGAGAUAUCCAAAAAAUAAUAGACAAAAUAAUCAAAGGAAUGAAGGAUUAGACUCUGAUUUCAGUCCUCCUAGAAGACAAGACUUUAGAGACUCAAAAAAUAAUAGAAAAAACAAUCAAAGAAAUCAAGAAUCAGACUCUGAUUUGAGUCCUCCUAGAAGACAAGAUUCUAGAGACUCGAGAUAUUCAAAAAAUAAUAAAAAUAACAGACAAAACAAUGAUAGAAAUCAAGGAUUGGAUUCUGAUGCCAGUCCUCCUAGAAGACAAGACUCUAGAGACUCAAGAUAUCCAAAAAAUAAUAGACAAAAUAAUCAAAGGAAUGAAGGAUUAGACUCUGAUCUCAGUCCUCCUAGAAGACAAGAUUCUAGAGACUCGAGAUAUUCAAAAAAUAAUAAAAAUAUCAGACAAAACAAUGAUAGAAAUCAAGGAUUGGAUUCUGAUGUCAGUCCUCCAAGAAGACAAGAUUCUAGAGACUCAAGAUAUUCAAAAAAUAAUCAAAGGAAUCAAGAAUUAAACUCUGAUCUCAGUCCUCCUAGAAGACAAGACUCUAGAGACUCGAGGUAUUCAAAAAACAAUAAUAAUAAUAGUAGAAAAUCUGAAUUUACAAAAGAAGGAUCAGAUUCAGAUCUUAGUCCACCUAGAAGACAAAAUUCUAGAGACUCCAAAGGUUUAAGAGAUAAUAAAAAAACAAACGUCAACAAACGUGGAUCAGAUUCAGAUCUUAGUCCACCUCGAAGACAACAUCCAACAGACUCAAGGCAUUCUAAAAAUAACAAUGAUAGACAACCUGAUUCAAAUAAACGAAAAAGAUCUCCUAGACGAUCAUCAAGAUGGGAUGAUGAGCCUAGAUCACCAAGACAAAGAUCAUCAAGUCCAAGGCAAGAUAUAAAAAUAAAAAAAACACUUAACGAUAAAACAGGUGGUUUACAAACUGCUCAAGAUUUGAGAGAAGAAACAUUGUCUCUCAGACGUCGAGAAGCUGAAUCAUAUAGCAAGCUAAGUAAAAAUGUAACUGGAGCUAGUCAAGUACCAGUUUUUCGUGAUAAAAAAACUGGAAGAAGACGUGAUUUUGCUGCUGAAGCAUUGGAAAAAAAAGAGAAAGAUAAACGUCAAGCAGAAAUCGAUGAAAAAUAUGCAAAAUGGGGCAAAGGAUUGAAACAAGUAGAGGAUCGUACAGAAAAAUUAAAUCAAGAUGCUUAUGAAAUGAAUAAGCCAAUGGCAAGAUAUGCUGAUGAUGCUGAUCUUGAUGCUCAUCAACGUAAUAUGUUACAUGCUGAGGAUCCAAUGUUGGAGUACGUCAAAGAAAAACAAAUUAAGGAAGGCAAAAGACAACCAGAUAAACCAACAUUUCAAGGUUCAUACAUGCCAAAUCGUUUUGGUAUUAGACCUGGUUGUCGAUGGGACGGUGUUGAUAGAAGUAAUGGCUAUGAAAAACGUUGGUUUGAAGCUAGAAAUUCACGUACUGCUGUUGAAGAAGAGGCAUACAAGUGGAGUAUUGCUGAUAUGUAAAAAUUACCACAACAAAAUUAAUACAUUUUAAAAAAUGCACUCUUUGUUGUCUAGAUAUAAUUAAUCUUUGGUACUUUGACACAGUGUCAAAGGACAAAAAAAAAAAAAAUGCAUAUGCAAACUCGUUAAAAUACGAAAGUCACUGGAGUUUCGAUCGGUUUAUUUCAUCUCUUUUUCUCUUAGUGAGAUGGCAAUUCUCAGUGAUGCUGCGUUGGUGUUGAAAGGAUUGAAUAUAUAUCGACGCAGGCAGUCGCGACGCAAGGGCAGGGUCGUCGACGGCAAGUAACUCAGUACGCCUCGUAACGUCGUUGACGAAACAGUUUGUUAUUUUAAUGUAGAAUAGCACCUCAGUAGCUUA